GCCAUUAGUCAUUGGCUGCUGGCUGGGGCAGGAUACCCCUUGUAUGACUUCACUUGCCAUCUUUUAACAGUGUAAUAUAUAAUAACUAAUUAAUUCGUGAAAAAAGUCGACCAGGCUAUCAAGGAUUAUUACAGUGGGAUAUGGAGGUGUCCAAAAUUGAGUUACAUUAUUGAAACGUUACAUUGAAGAGUUAUUAAAAGGUGCACCAUAUUAAUUAGCUGUUAAUAUUGUGUGGUUAUGUGAAAAGGGGCAGCGUUAAGGUGAUCUGUGUUGACUAUCCAGUGUGACUGAGGAAGAGACGCCACAAAAUAUAAGCAGGUGUGGGCGGUGGCUGGCACCUCACAGGCACCAUGAAAGACCGCAAGAAUGAGUCGCUGUUCACCUUCCGCCGCAGCAACAACCGCUACUCACUGCACCUGGAGAAGCCCAGCAAGAAGGAGGCAGACGUCCAGCUCAAGCGUGCCACCUGGUCCUCCUUCCCGCUCCUGCGCUUCUCCUCCUUCGAUGACAAGAGCUGUACCGAACAGCUUACUAUAAAAAGUCAGAGCACAGACGACAUUAACCAGCAGCAGCAACAACAACAGCACCAGCAACACUCACAGCACCAUCAACCUAUCAGCACGCCCAAAAUCGGCUGUAAUUUCUUCAGGAGCUCCACAGCCAGCAUCCGCAGCGCUUUCUCCAGUUCGUCUUCUUCGUCAUCAUCAUCGUCGUCGUCGUCAUCGUCGAGUCCAAGCAUCAGGAGCACGGGAUCAAGCGGAAAGAGUUCCAUCACGAGUAUCCUGGAAGGCUCAGUGCGUGAGAGCCACUACGACUCUUCCAGCACCGUGGAGGACACCCCGCCUUACCUUCCCACCAGGACACGCUCAGGUCACGCCCCCCACCUUCCCAGAACCUCCAGCGAUCUCUUUACGCCUCUCACACACACAGAGAGUGAAUCCUCGUCCGUACCUUCACUCUUUUACGAUGAAGAAGGGAAUAGUUGCACGUCACCCAAAAUUCUAUACGUGCACAAGAAAACUCCCGAUGUUCACAGGAAGUCGAGGAAACAGUUGGUGAAGGAGCUGGAGCUGGUGAAGAGGAACGGCUCACUACCAGAGGACCCGGAACUGACGACUCUCAAGUCAGAGGAAGAAAAGGAGAAUGUAGUACCGAGAAUGGAACAGAAACUCACCAUGAAAUCCAAACCGACGUUCAAAUUCAUGCAAAACUACAAGUUCCUAGGCAAGCAUGACACGAAGGUCGCCAAGAAGGUCACGACAGAGACGACGCCGACAGGAAAAACCCCGAUGGAGGGAGAACCCAAAGAUAACUAUCAGAUGUCAACGGAUGCUGGGAAGCGCCCCCCUGAUAGUAGUAAGCCACGGACUUGCUUCACACACACGUCCUUGGCUGCCACCACCAGCACCCCGCACUACCAGGCGCACACCUUCUCACUCACAGACUUUAUCAACAGCGAGCUGGGUGCGUUUGACGUGAACAGCGAAGACUUGAGAAUAAACGAUCGCUUUUGGGGGGUAAUCAACUCGAAUACGAACCUGGGAGUGACGGGUCCGAAUGUAACAGUGAGUGAAGUGACCAGUGACGGAAUUACCAGCGGUGAAGGUGUGUGUAACGCCAGUGGACGAGUAGACGACACGAGAAACUCACCAGUGAUCACAUCGAGUUUAGGAAAUAAAGCUAACUCUGGAGACAAUAACAUAAACUUUGGCGUGAGUGGUGCUAACUUCGACGAUAAUUUCACGAAUAUUGACGUACACAGCACAAACUUUGGCGUUAAUAGCACAAACUUUGACGAAAACAAGACAAUCAUUGACCUAAACAACACAAACUUUGGCCUCUCUCGGGCGAUAUUUGGCCUCAACGACGCUACCUUCGGCGUAAGCACCACCAACUUCGACGUGGUCACCGACAUCAUUGAGGAGGAAGACAGCGAGUGUGACUUGAGUGAGUUUAUGGCUCACGCUGACGACAGUAGCUGCUUUGAGAGGCGCCUGGAGGACAAACUGGAGAAGUUGGCUGAGAGAGACCUCGACAUGACCAACGACAGGGACCAUGACCUGACAGUUGACAGCGUCGAGAACUUGGAUUUCUCGCUGACCUCGGAAACAGAUGACAACCAGAAAGCGCAAAAUAGGCCAGACUUGAAACUGAACCUCGCCAAACCCCAAAACAAACUAGUUAACCAGGUAUACAGGUCACGGCUGCUACGUCACAUCUCAGAGGAGGGGGAGAGUGGUACUAGUGGGGGGGAGGAGGAGGUUGAACUAAGAUCAUCACCCCGCACUCCCAGUACUCCGAGAAGUCCAGUCAUCGACAUUGACAACGUGUUCAAGCAGAAGCAGCGAGAGAUUGAGGAAAGCACCGAUGACAUGUCCAGAGUGCGCGAUCUUGCUACUAGAUUGAAGCUUGCCACACGACGACCUUCAUAUUUAGACUGGAUGGGGGUGAUCAAGCAGAGGGGGGAGAAGAUGGGGGAGGCGCUGGAGACCCAUACACCAAGGGUGGUGGAGGAGGGGCAGCAGGAGGAAGAGGAACUCACUCCAGAGAAACGCAAGGACAAUCUCCAGAGUGCUAUGGCGUGGCUUAGGAAGGAGCUGAUGGAGAUGAGGCAACAAGACCAACACCUCGCGCGACAGCUGAUGCAGUUACGGAUAGAGCUUCAGAGAGUAAGGCUGCUCCGGUCAUGUAAUAACCAUCAGGCGCUGGUGGACGAGAUGACUAAUGAAGCAGAGGAGGCCAAGACUUACGAGUCCUCCUCAGAUCUGUGUGAACUGCCUCCUGAUCUUAGAGAGGCAUUUUCUCCCGUGCUUCGAGAGAUUGGCGUCACUAGGAUGAACAUCACUAGCCGAAGGUUCUCUCUCAGGUGAAACUAUUUACCGAAGGCCAUUUACUGAACACUAGCUACAAUUACCAAGAUCCACACCGCCACUGAAGCAAUACCCUACCCUACUCCUGUGUACUACUGAACAUACCUACAAUAGUGACUUCCAGGUCUUGGGUGGAGUUACCAAGUGUACAAAACCUCGUCAUGAUUGUUGUUUGAGAGGCAUAAUGAUUUGUUUGUCUUGCAGAUUCUGUUGUUGUGUUUUAGGCCUUAAGGUCUUACUAUUGAGGUAUUGUUUAUGUGACCUAGAGAAAAUACAACCAUUUUUUUUCAGGGUUUUCAGUGAUGAUUGAAAUAUUUGAGGUUAGGUUUCCAUGCUCAAAAGAAUAAAAUAUCGUAUUCACUAGUUAAGAUAUCACACUCAUUGGGAUUCAUUGUAUUCAGAGGAUGACAUCGUCUUCAAAGCGGUUGAGAUUUAGGACAAGUUAUAAUGCAUGUCUUUUGGUACAAUGCAAGGUGAACUACUUUUAAUCAUUAUACAGAGGGAAGUACUGUCUAUAAUGAACAGUGCCUUGUCUGUUGCCUUGUAUUUUGAUUAUUCAUUUUACAUUACUUAUACAGGAAUGUACAGUCGCCCACAGAAGUUCUCUCUCCGAGCCAAAAGACUUUUGUGGGUGACUACAUUAGUUUAUAUAGAUAUAGAAGUACAGUAUAUUAAAUCCAAAACAAAGUUACAUAUUACAGUACAAGAUACAAAGGCACCUGGGUGGUAUACAGUACAUAAUUUUUGUACCUGUAUCAUAUAUUGUUACUCAUACUGUAGUCAGUUUUUCACAGCUUUAAAAUAUGUAAAUAUUUGUAGUACAUAAUGAAAAGUAUUCUUUAUUGCGUGGUUCCUUAGGGUCCAUUUUGGGAGUGUUACACAAUAUAAGCAAACACAGAGUUGCCACAUGUCACAAAGUGCGCAAGACACCGUACAGAAGUAAUAUGGUGCAGUGAACUAUUGUAAAUGGUGAAAUAGUCAUAUUAUUAGAUUUAAGCAGACAAAAUAGUUCAGAGACUAUUGUAAAUAAUAUAAGCUGGUCUUUAAAUAAUCAGUUGGGUAAAAUAGGACAGAACCAUUGUAAAUAAGUGAACAGUGAACCAUAUGGCUGGGCCAGUAUGAUGAACCACUGUAAAUAAAGCUGAAGGGUAAUACGAUACCAUGAAUACUUAUGGUGAAGUCUGUCAGGUUUAUUACUCGAGUUACUUAUUUACUAAUGUACAUUACAUAAGUAACAUUACAUUGUACUUUUUAUUUCGUUGUAUUUUUUUGUUAUCCACUCUGAGUUUGUUCUUUAUUUAGGUGAAACAAAUACACACAGAGAUGUACUGUAUGGUGUAUAGAGGAGUUAAACAGUACAGCAUAGUUAGACUUGUAUAUGAAACUAAAUCAUUUACUGUAAUCUUGAUGAUAAAUAAUAAAAAUAUAUAUGAAAGUAAAGCAGAUUA